GGCUCCUUUGGCAAGGUGAUGUUGGCUUCUUAUACCAUCAAGAGCCAGCUCGUCGCUGUGAAGAUAAUAAAGAAGAAAAAGAAGACAGACUACCAUGAUAUCGAGAUGGAGGCUACAAUACUGCGGUUAGGUCACACAUGUCCAUUUCUUAGUCGGGCAUAUGCAAUCUUCCAAACUGAGUCACUCGUGUUGUUCAUCUUGGAGUAUGCCAGAGGUGGAACGCUGCACAAGCUUAUCAAACGUCACCGAUAUAUGAACAGCCAGGAAGCACAGUUUUAUUCGGCGGAACUUGUCCUGGGUUUGAAGUACCUGCAUAAGUAUGGGAUUAUUCAUCGCGACCUCGAGCCAAGAAACAUCUUACUGGAUGAAGAGGGACACGUGCAGAUCGCCGAUUUUGGCUUUGCCCAGGCUAGAAAGUUUGACUCAAAGGCUUGUCAUGGGUUUUGGAGGACGUUCCAUACAAACUCAUCAGCGGACUGGUGGUCGUUCGGUGUUGUCGUCUAUGAAAUGGCCACUGGCAAGCUGCCCUUUUCACCAAAUGGAACCUUUCAAGAACAGCUGGACAACAUCACUAACACGGAGCCAUAUUAUCCAGAAACGCUUACACCUGAAUUUCGUGACUUCAUACAACAGCUCUUGAGACGAAGGUAG